CAAGUGAGCGUCCAAUGGGAUGUUGCUUUGUUGGGGGGUCGAGUCUCCCCCUUUCUCACCACAGUCGGCUGCCAUUGGUCCAAGGCUGUGAGCCUGUUUGACUGUAACAGUGAAUUCGAAACCAGAAUAAAAGGCUAACGCAUUUACUUAUACGCUUCGCGGUGCGAAGAAGAAGAAAACACGUGUUUUAAGGAGGAAACGAAAACGGUUUAAUUGCUGCUAAAGAUAAGUUUUCGGCUUGCUGGCUAGCUUUCCUUGGCUGUGUCCGUUGCGCUCCCUAGAAGAGGCGCCAGUUAGCCUGCUCGCUAGUUACUGCUGCGUUUCUUUUUUUGUUGUUAUUGGAGGGGUGCUGAGCGCCGAGUUGGUCUUUUGAAAGAGAUCGAUAAAUAAUAGACAUGUCGGAAUUCCUGGAAGACCCGUCGGUGCUCACUAAGGAUAAGUUGAAGAACGAGCUGCUGGCGAACAACGUAGCCUUGCCGAGCGGCGAACACAAGAAAGAUGUAUAUGUGCAGCUGUACCUGAAGAACCUGACCGCGCAGAACAAGAGAAAUGCGGCUCCGGACGCCUUUUCCAGCGACGAAGACCUGCCUCCCCCCGUGGUUUCUAAUAAGAGCCGCUCUGGAAGGAAAGCCACAAGGAAGACGGACAAACCCAGGCCAGAAGAUGUGGAUGUGACGGACCUCACCGACGAGGGCCUGAAAGCCCAGCUGCUGAAAUACGGCGUUAAUCCCGGUCCCAUCGUAGCCUCCACCCGCAAACUAUACGAGAAGAAGCUGCAGAAGCUGAUAGACCAGGGUCCCCCCGAGGCCUCGGCCCCCGUCGCAGCCCCACCGAAGCCAGACAGUAACCAGAACGGCAACACAGAUUCCGACCAGUACAGUGAUAAGGAGGAAGAGGAGCAGGCGGCGCCAAGCCUGGACCCAGAGCCCAUCCCAGAACCAGUCCCCGUGGUGGAGAGGCCCGUGAGGAGCAGAGGGAAGAGCUCAGUCAGCUUGCGCAGCAACCGCCACGGAGCCAACAGGAACGAGGAGGAGGAGGAAGAGGGGCCGGAGGAAGCGGAACGGUGGCCAGAAGAACAGCCCCCCCUUAAUGUGAAGAGACACCCACGGACACCCCAGCACUGGAGGGAUCAGACCGUCCCUGCUAGUGAUGACACUGACAUGUCUGAGUCGUCUGCUUCAGAAAUGGUCGUCCCCCCUCGUACACUGACUGGUUCUCGCUCUUAUAAGCAAGAUUGCCCGAGGGUCCCACGGGCGCCAAGGUCCCCUUUGCCCGCCAAGCCGUCCACACCUCUGUCAGUGACGCGUUCUGACCGGAUUGCGUCCCCAUCUGAGGCGCCCCGGGCUUCCUUCACGUUAAUGUCACCCCUUCAGCGGGAGGCGGCGGCCGUUGGCCUGGAGUCCUGCCCCCCUAGAUUUACCCACAAGGAUUCCCCCAUAGCCAGUUUCUCCCAGCACCUCUCUAAAAGACCCCUUCAUCGCCCCCGGGGCCAGACCCCCUCAGAUUCCCGCGAUGAGUGCCGCAGCUCCCGGGGAAGUGAUCAGAAUAUCCACCACACCCCUUCCUCUACCCGGAUGGGUGUCAGAAAGGGGGGGUUGCAGCCUGACACCGAUGACAAGGACACAUCUGCACUGCCUGCCCCUGAGCGUCCGCAAGCGCAUCUGCAGUCCCUGCUCAACACUGCGCUCCUAGAGAGGGGCCUGAACCCCAGAUGUUCACUUCUUGAGCAGGAGGGCUUGGAGAGCAUAGACCCCAGCAAGGCCUCCCAGUGUGGAUGGAGGCAGCAGAAGAUCCUUAGCACGUUCACCCCCGAAAGGCUGCAGUCCUGGCCCUGUACACCUGUGGCUCAGGGGGCUGGACGGGUGGAUGAGAGACCGGCAGCAGCUCUGCAAACACCUACAGCAGAUGGCAAGGACAUCUUGAAAGAGAUGUUCCCCAAUGAAGUCGGUACUCCCACGGGCAUCACCGCCACCUGCAGGCGGCCCAUACGUGGGGCUGCAGGGAGGCCACUGAAACCCAGCGACUUCUGGCUUGACGAGUCCCUCCUGCAUCAGUCCGAGCGCCUGGAGAGCCGCUCCUACAUGGAGAGCCGCGGCACGCCACGGCCGCUCCCUCUGCUCUCCUCAUCUUCCAGGAUCUCCACGGCGGCGCCCCCUGCUGGGCACGCUUGUGCACGGCGCUCCUUGCCGGUGUGGGUGCAGCUUCUGCUGCUCACCGUUGUGGCCGGCUUCCUCUUCUUUGUCUACCAGGCCAUGGAAACCAACCAUCUGAACCCCUUUGUCCAAGAAGGCGAUGACCCUUCCCCAUCCAGCAGCGCAGGAGGGAGCACCGCCGACUAAAUCGCCCCAUUUCCUGAUACCCCCCCCAGUACUGUGUGCCCCUCCCUCUCCCACAUUUCUCUUCAUUCUCCUCCUAUGCCCAGCACCAUGCUCUGCUCAUUGUGGAAGCCCCCUUCUUCCAGCCCUCCUCCCCACUCCCCCCCCCCCCCAUCAGGACAAUACCUCUACGUGACUCAACGGUUAAAGCAGCGCUUCCAUCACGGGGCACGGACACUGUAGUUACCCCCCCACCCCACCCCAAACACUAAUUUGCGUCUGUCCAUCUAAAUUCUCCUAAUCCUUCCCCAUUUCCCUUUGCCUUCAUGUUCUCCUCCACUUGUCAAUUUUUUUAUUUUUUUUUUCUGUUGGGGUUAGUCUCCUCACUCACCGCCAGUGACGGUCCCUCUACCUGUGUGGGCGGAGCCAGCCCCGGCCCACCCUCUCAAAACUGCAGUGGCUUCCAGAGGAACACAUGGACUGGGUUUAUAGUGUCUGUCUUUUUAUCAUUGUCUGUGUGGGUUUCUUAGGGAUGUUACAUGUCUAAAUUGGUGCCCGUGUGCAUUUCUUUUUAUUUGUUGUUCGUCUAAGAUGCAACACGGUUUAAUUGUGGAAUACUGUCUAUGCGUGUAAAUACCAACAGAUUAGGUUAUGGCCGAUCAUUUUCUGCGAGUUUAAUGAUUAACCAUUUAGCUGUUUUUGCUUGCAAUGACACUCCAAUAUUUUUACCCUAAUGUUGAUUCCAGUUUAGAAAUGCCCAUUUCUGGGACUGCUGCACAGUGAGGUAUUUUAUAUGAAACACAACGGCUCCUGCCGCAGUUAAGUUCUAGCAAAAUUGCCCCCGUAUCCCUUUAACAUUCCCGUCCCCAGGGGGCGUGCCUCUGUUACGAUGUCCGUUUCAGGGAUGGGUGACACUUUUACAUGGGACAGCCUGGUCGGGGAAUCCCAGCUCUGCGCGUGAUACAGGCACGAUGACGUACGUAUGCAUCUGCAGCACUUAAGCCCUCUGCUGACCAAAUUCUGUUUUGAAAUACUGUCCAAUGACUCUUUCUGUAGCCCCGCUGUUCAUUCUUGAUUUCUUUUCCCCCUCAAAAGGUUUUUUUUUUAGGCAUGUUGGUCUCGGUCCUUAGAGGAACCAAUCUGAUGUGAACGCAGUUCAGGAUGCAAGCAUGACUGAUCUCGCUCUUUUAAAUCUGCAUUGUUGUGCUUUCAGAGUGGUCUGCUACUGAAAUGCUUGCAUUUCUCUACCUGUGACUUAUAACUGGUUGCCUCUCCUUAUGGGCAUUCCCCUUGUCGCCAAGGGUCACUACACAGAAGGUCCCCUGGUGAAAUAUGUUCAGAAUGUGAUCCUGUGGCAUCCUGGGCCAGAUUACCUGAAGUGCUGUGUUGGGAUUUGUGUGUGUGAGUGGCCUGGCUUAUACACCAGCCAUAAUGACCAGGGUAACUGAUGAACUGACAGGUGCCAGUACCCACAGGAAUGUGUAGGGAUGACACUUCACUUAUAACACUGUAGCACGAUUGACCCUUAGUUUGUAACUUGCCCCCCCUCCCCCCUCCCAAGUGACCAGGCCUGUGUUAUAUCAUGUGUUAGGUCCUGUCUGUCUCUUCCACUUACCCCCACUGAACACUGGCUGAACUGGUAUGAGAAGUUAAUGUCAUUUUUGGCUUCUGUGUUUUUACUAACUUGGAUCAAACGGUUCAGAAAUCAGAGUGUACAUUUAAAUGGAGACAUUUCUAGUUGGAAAUGCUAAUAAAAUGCUAUUUUAAUGCAUUGGGUCAUUUACCCUUCUUUGACAUGUCCUCGGUUUGGAAUUCUGUGCCAUAAACGGUUUAGGACAGUUUUUAGUCAUUUAGUGCCUGUACUUUUGUUUUUGUAACUGCAGUAUUUUUCUAAUGUGUCUUCAGAAGGAAAAAAAAACAACUUUUUUUUAAGUUUGAAAAGUAAAACCGUUGUCUACUCGUGUAGAGAUUGCAAAGUGCUGGUUUAACAGGAAUAAUGUGAAACUGCUUUACUGAGCUUUGCAGCCUUUUUGAAAUUCUACAAAUGUAUUUAAUGUUUCAGAGAAGAGGCCGGAGAGCUUGUUUCCGUUGGGUUUGGGGGGCUAGUGGCCAUGGCUCGGGGAGUGUGCAGGGUUUUUAAACUGGGGUGGCUCUUUUUAUUGUAGUCGGUAUCAUUUGUAGAAAUCAAAAUAAAAUUCAUAACUUAAA